GUUGGCAGGAAACGUCGCGAAAUUUAUUUUCUGGCUAUACCGCGAGAGAACGAUUGCUCGAUAUUCGAUUACGCGGGUUCGGAAAGUGACGUGGGAGUAAAACGUGCUGUGAAACGACCCACGAGUAUAUAUACAUACACACAGGAUGAUCACAACAACGGUCACACAGUUAGAGCUGCCUACUAAGCAGAAAAUCGAAAAUGCAGAUAUUGCUGUCGAAGAUACACCUCAGCUACAAUCUCAGGAUGCACAACAACCUCUAAUUUGGCGAAACAUAAUUGGCAUUGCAAUUUUACAUAUUUUAGGUAUCUAUGCAUUUGCGGUCAGUUACAAGGAGGCCAAAUUCUGGACCUGGGUAUUCAGUCCACUAUACGGUAUAUCAGCGGGCUUAGGUAUCACGGCUGGGGCUCAUCGUUUAUGGGCUCAUAGAAGUUACUCUGCAAAGUUACCGCUCAGAAUAUUUCUCGCUUAUCUGUAUUGCAUGGCAGGUCAGACUCACAUGUACAAAUGGAUAAGAGAUCACCGAACUCAUCAUCGUUUCUCGGAAACACCGGCGGAUCCACACAACGCUAAUCGUGGAUUCUUUUUCUCCCACAUGGGGUGGCUAAUGAUGAAGAGGCACCCGGCUGUCAUUCAAAAUGGAAAAAAAAUCGAUAUGAGCGAUAUCGCCUCUGAUCCAGUGAUACAGUUUUUUGACAAAUUCUACGAGCCCAUCAUGUUGUCUUUGUGUUUCGUUCUGCCAACUCUAAUACCCGUUUACUGUUGGAAUGAAACUUGGUACAUCAGCAUCCACGCUGUCAUCAUUCGUUACAUCUGGCUGCUAAAUGCAACCUUUCUCGUCAACAGUUUCGCACACAUGUGGGGAAACCGGCCGUACAAUAGGAAGUUGAGGCCAACGGAAAAUCCAACAGUGGCCUUUUUUACACUUGGCGAAGGUUGGCACAACUAUCAUCACUCCUUCCCAUGGGACUAUCGUGCCGCUGAGCUUGGCGCUUAUGGACUCAAUCCGUCCACGGCUUUUAUUGAGAUUAUGUCGUGGCUUGGCUUGGCCUACGAUCUCAAAACACCCAGCAAAGAUUUGGUUAAGAAUUUCAAUCUCAAUAAGGGCGAUGGCACCGACAGUUUCUGGGGUCAUCAGUAUCACAAAAAUAUUCAACGAGAACGUUAAAUUAUAAAAAAAAAAAAAUUUUUUUUUGAAAAAAAUGUUCUGUAGCUAGAAAUUAUAAUUUUUUUAUGUAGAAAAAGAGAGAAAAAAAAACGAUUUGUAUUUCGCGCAAAACUUGAGAUUUUUUUUUAAAAAAUGUAAGUUCUUUGCUAGAUUCAAAUUCGAGAAACUGGAAAAUUUUUUGUAUAGUAUUUUUUAAAUAAUUAUAUCUGUCUUUCAUAUAUAUGUUAUCUGUAGUGAAUAAGGACUUGUUUCUCUAGUUUUUUUUUUUUAUUUUAAUUUUAUGUAUUGUCAUUAAUUUUCGAAUUAUUCUCUUCACUGUUGCUAAAAAUUUCUCCCAUUCAAAUACAAUUAUUAUAUUCGAUUUUGCAAAAUUAUUAUUUUUUGAAACAAAAAAUUAUAAAAUAGAAAUUGAUUAUAUAAACUAUUUUUUGAAGGUUAGGAACGAAAACACAUGUUACAAUUUGUGAUAUUACCGACCGAGUGUCGGUAACAUCGUACUGCGCAGACUCUGAAAUUUCGGCGCCAAUUUCAAACACUAAACUACUUUAAAUUUAAAAAUCCUCUUUUUUUAUUAUGUAAAAAUGUUACUUAUGCUUACAUUAUCAAAAAGGCAAAUAUAAUAGAAAAAAUAUACAUAUAUGUACAUAAUAAAAAAUAAAUUUAAAAAAUAGUCAUUUAUUUUAUACAAUAAAUGUAAAUGGAAAAAAAAAUAUUAAAUUCACUUUGAUUAAAAAAAUAAUCAAGCAAAAAUA